AUGUCGUCGGCUCGCCUUCUUGUGCGUCGCAACCCUGCGUACCCCCUGGCCAAAAUUCCCACGCGCGGAAGUAACCAGGCCGCUGGAUACGACCUGUAUGCCUGUGAGGAUGCGCUGAUUCCCAAGGGCGGCCGUGCCGUGGUGCAGACGGGCAUCUCGAUUGCUCUGCCCGAAGGACACUACGGCCGCGUGGCUCCUCGCAGUGGUCUCGUCCACGCUGGCGACCGCAUCGCGCAGCUGAUCAUUGAAAAGAUCUCCACGCCGGAGAUUGAGGAGGUGGACUCACUCGAGGACACGGACCGUGGCAGCGGCGGCUUUGGCUCCACCGGCGGCUUCAAGUCGCAGUAG